AGAGAAAGAUAUACUGUUAUAAUGUUUUUCAAAAUAUACCCCUUAGAUAACAAUAGUUUUCACGCGCAAAUUAUUGUUUAACAAGUUUCAAAAAAUGUCUCGAGAUAAUCAAAGUCAACGGAGCUCGAUACAUCGAACUCGGAAAUCUCGUAGCGGACAUAACAAUCGUAGUUAUCGAUCGAUGCGAGUCACGCAAUGGUAUCCCUUGAUAGUAAUGGUGCUCGCGCUAGGUUCUGACAAAAAUUCACUUUGAAAACAGUGUAUAAAAUGCAGAAACGGGUUAACUCGAGAACACUUGUGUUAGCCUGGAAGAUGCUUCUUAUGAUAAGUGAAAGAAACGCAUGGAUCCUGGAGGAAUAUUACCGAGUGGCUUAGCUGUCGUAUUUACGGAACAGAGAUGUCUGCGCCCUGAGAAACGGACUGACGGACAGACAGACAUCUCUGUCAACUUUCCCUGUGUUCUGAUUCCUGAUACGAAAUGCUGUUUGGAAAAUUCGGCAACUCUCCGGAGUGUGUUCUCUAGUGCUAUUGAAAUUUCAAAAUGUGGAAGUAUAACACGUGUAAUAUACACAUAAAAUGUUUCCACGACUGUAUGAAUAUUUCUGUGAUCCACUGUAGGAUCCAGAUUUUGUAAACGUAACCAACACUCCCAGCCAAUAACGAAAAUUACUCUCUACCAUCUGUUUUUACUAAUAUACGAUGAGAAUAUAAGAGGAAUUGUAUGAUAAAAGUAUGAAGAAAGCCUGUAAAUGAGUUUUUGUUUUGAAAGAAAGAAGCCUUGUACCAGUACGUAGAGAUGUUUUCGUCACCGGCAUCAGUAGUGCGUGAGCCGUCAGGCUAUGACUUUCAAAAAGAGGAGAAUGCCGCCAAAUGGAAGGGAGUGUUUGUCAAUUCCUUGCGCAAGGUAUUAGAACAAGUACAUCCUAGUCUUGAAGCAAGACAAGAUGCAUUAGACUAUGUUGAGAGUUUAAUCUUAAGGCUAUUGGGAAUGCUUUGUGGACAUCCUCCACCACACACACCUCAAGAUGUAGAAGAAAGAGUAAGGCGUACAUUUCCUACUCCCAUUGAUAGAUGGGCACUCAGAGAUGCAAGAGAUGCCUUGGAAAAAGGAAAAAAGAAAUCCCCAUUAGUUCUUCCAGUUGACAAAAUUCAUCAACUAUUACAAAAAGUAUUAAUGGAUUUAUUUUAUCAAGAUGAUUAUGUAGAAAGUCCACAAAGUGGCUUAGGUGCAGUAGUUUCUCAAACUUAUGAAGAAUCUGUUCGAGAUCUUAUACACGAUGAACGUUAUUAUUUACGUGAUCUCCAUAUGAUCAUUAAGGUAUUUCGAGAAGAAAUUGCAAAGCUAGCACAAGAUAGAACUGAAAUUGAAACACUUUUCAGUAAUAUUAUGGAUAUUUAUGAAGUCACUGUAACGUUACUUGGUAGUUUAGAAGAUAUAAUGGAAAUUACUGAAGAGAAACAAACACCCACUGUUGGCUCGUGUUUUGAAGAAUUGGCAGAAGCAGCGGAAUUUGAUGUCUAUAUAAAGUAUGCAAAAGAUAUUAAUAGUCCAGCUAGCCGAGAAGUUUUAACAAAUUUAUUAUCAAAACCUGAAGCUAAUAAUGCGUUAAGAGCAGCAGGACAUGGUUUUAAAGAAGCUGUCAAAUAUUAUUUGCCAAAACUUUUAUUACAACCAAUAUGGCAUUGUUUUUUGUAUUUUCAUUACAUAAAGGUAUUACAAAAACGUACACCAAAUAUAGAAGACGGUGAAACAUUGGAACAAGUACAAGGUCUUUUAAGUCCAUUACAGAUGGAAUUAUUGCAAUCUAUGGCAAGUCUUCCAAAAAAAGAUACAGGUCUGCGAAUGCAAAGUAGAGCAAGGAGGCAAGCGGCGCUAGAAAAAACUAGUGAAUUACAAAAAACUGUUGAUGGUUGGGAUCAAAGAGAUGUUGGACAAUGUUGUAAUGAAUUUAUACGUGAGGAUAUGUUGUGGAAAGUAAGUAAUGGAAAGAGAUUAACGGAACGAAGAGCUCUUCUUUUCGAUGGUUUAUUAGUUCUUUGUAAACCAAGUGGUGGCAAAAGAGUUAGCGUUACUGCUGCAGCAGUUGGUGUGGUAGGUCAUCCACCUCACCAAGGUGAACUGCGUUUAAAAGAAAGGUUUUUUAUUAGAAAAGUUGAUAUUAUUGAUAGAGAAGAUACUGAGGAAUUAAAAAAUGCCUUUGAAAUUGCACCAAGGGACCAUCCUAACGUUAUCCUUGUUGCAAAAUCCGUCGAAGACAAAAAUAGUUGGAUGGCGGAUCUUGUAAUGUUGAAUACAAAGAGUAUGUUAGAGAGAACUUUGGACAGUAUCCUUUUAGAUGAGGAAAAAAAGCACCCCUUAAAGUUACCUCCACCACAUUUAUAUAAAUUUGCUGAACAGGAUAGCUCAGAAAAUAUUGUUUUGGAAGCAAGAGAAAAUGGAGGUGUUCCAUUAAUUAAGGGAGCAACUUUGGUCAAAUUGGUAGAAAGAUUAACUUAUCAUAUAUAUGCCGAUCCAGCUUUUGUACGAACAUUCCUUACUACUUAUAGGAGUUUUUGCUCACCUCAGGAACUGUUGACUUUGUUGAUCGAAAGAUUCGACAUACCAGAUCCUUCGUUAGUUUAUGGUGAGGAAGAAAAAUCUUCUGGUUGCAAAACAACUGCUAGAGAAGAUUGGAAAAGAUAUAGAAAAGAAUUUUGUCAACCUGUUCAAUUUAGGGUUUUAAAUGUUUUAAGACAUUGGGUCGAUCAUCAUUUUUAUGAUUUCGAACGUGAUAGAAAUCUUUUAGAAAGAUUGCAAUCGUUUUUAGACACAGUAAGUGGAAAAUCGAUGAGAAAAUGGGUAGAUUCAGUAAUAAAAAUUAUACAAAGAAAAUGUGAACCUUCGGAACAACGACCUAUUACAUUUAGUUUUGAACGAUCUCCACCACCUAUUGAGUGGCACUUAAAAGUUCCUGAAGAAGAAUGGGGAAUAUUAACGUUACAUCCAAUUGAAUUAGCAAGACAAUUAACUUUAUUAGAGUUUGAAUUGUACAGAACUGUAAAGCCUUCGGAAUUAGUUGGGUCAGUAUGGACUAAAAAAGAUAAAGAAAAGACAUCACCAAAUUUAUUGAAAAUGAUAAAGCAUACAACAAACUUUACACGGUGGCUUGAAAAAACUAUAGUAGAAGCUGAAAAUUUAGAGGAGAGAAUUGCAAUUGUAUCACGAACAAUUGAAAUUAUGAUGGUGCUCCAAGAUCUUAAUAAUUUUAAUGGUGUAUUAGCAAUUGUUAGCGCAAUGGGAUCUGCUUCUGUUUUUAGGUUAAAAUUUACUUUUCAACAAAUACCAGCACGACUAGAAAAGGCGCUAGAAGAAGCACGGGAACUAAACAAUGGUCAUUUCCGAAAAUAUCAAGAAAAAUUACGAUCCAUUAAUCCACCUUGCGUACCAUUUUUUGGCAUGUACCUGACUAACAUUCUACAUAUUGAAGAAGGAAAUCCAGAUUAUCUGCGGGGAAGUCCGGAACUUAUUAAUUUUAGCAAACGACGAAAAGUAGCAGAGAUAACCGGAGAAAUUCAGCAGUAUCAAAACCAACCUUACUGUCUUUCAGUGGAGCCUAGAAUAAGACAUUUCAUUGAAAAUUUAUCACCUUUCGAUCCUAAUAUGAAAGAAGUUGAUAUAAGCAAUUAUUUGUACAAUAAAAGUCUGGAAAUAGAACCUAGAGGUUGUAGACAGCCACCUAGAGUCCCCCGUAAAUGGCCGGAUUUAAACUUAAAAUCGCCAGGCAUUAAAGCUAGAAGCUUGAGUGGCAAAUUACCAGCUCCAUUGCAAGCUGUAGCUUCCAGUGUAAGAUUACACGAUCCUCCAUCGGAAGCACCGCCGCCAGAAUUACCAGAAACCCCUCCGCACACUUCACACGUUACAAUUUCUCACGUAGUGGAUCAUAGUAUUUUUGCACCUGUUUUAUUAGGAGGUACAGCUCAGUCGGGUUCACCAGGUCCUUUUAACAUGUCAGGACUUUCAAUCAGCUCCCCGGGUAGCAGUCCGCAAUUAGGAUCGCCCGGUCAUUUAUCUGUUCCACAUCAUCAACCGCAAAAUAGUCUCUUUGGUUUUAAUUCCGCUACAAUUGGUGUAAUGGGAGCUUUGACCGGUAUAUCAUCGUCAGGUGGAAGUCCUGGUGCUGCGAUGCCACCUCCUCCGUCUCCUAGCCAUGUACCAUCCAGUCAACCUCCACCCCCUUUGCCACCAAGAUCUCAUAGGAAACGAGAGAGUACCAUAAACGAAUCACUGCAACAGGCAAGACAAGCUCUAAAUGCACCUACACUUCCUCCACGAGAUGGUACUUCUCCACCACCAUUACCGCCACGAAGAGAUUUGCCACCGGUGACAUUACCGCCUCGGCUACCUACGACAUUGAAUCCAAGUUGUUCGACGCUACUCGCCAGGCGGAAUUCUACGUUGGAGAACACAUGUUCAUCAAAUGCUGUUCAUACACGAAGACACAUGUCUUUCAAUGGGCCUAGUCUUACAAAAGUUCCACCUAUGCAACCUAAUGGGUCGGUAAUACCAAGAUUACCACCAAAACCGUUGCGUCCGCCAACCACCAUGUUUAAUUUCAAUGCUCCUCCUGGAUCUAGUUAAGUGUUAUAUCUUCCUACCUCUCACCUAAAUUAAAACGCAUCUUUUGGAAAUCGAGAUUUAGUCCACUCAGAAGGAUUAGUCGAGUCGGAUGUUCUGCCGGUAUGUUUGACAAUGUAAAAUGCUGUUUACAUAGCAUUUUUAUAGGAAACUUCAUAGGAGCACAAGAUUUAUCCAAAACUCUGUAUAUUAAUGUAUUUACCAGGAUUUUUCAGUCAGACAUUUGAAGCGUAAUUGGUAAAUACAUUAAUGUCAAAUAGAGUGAUGCAACGAAACUUUAUUUGCGAUAUACGGCCCAUACGUGAUGAGAUGCUGUUACAUUCCUUUUUACGAUUUGUCUUUUUAGUAUGUGUGACACUAUUUUAUUGAAAAUUUAUUUUUCGAGAGGAUAUAGAAUGUUCUAUCGCAUAUAGUAUAUUUUUAGAGUUUUUUUUUUACCAAGCGAAUAUGUAAUUAAUAAAUAUAAGGCUUUAUAUCCUGUACUAUUGAAUGAACUCAGUUGAAACUGUCUAUCUUUGAGAAAUACCUCAAAAAAAUUUGUACAGCUAAAUUUGUACAGCUCGUCUAAUUAAAAAUGUAUUAAUCUUUGUUAUUUGAAUCUACAGAAUAUUUUUCUAAACAGAACAGAGUUUCUUUGAUAAUUUUACAUAUCUGGGUCUCGUAUCACGUAUAACGCGUUACUUCUAAUAUACAAAUAAAAAUAAGCAUAGGAAAACCAAAAUUAUUUCUGCAAUAAUGUAGCUGCAGAAAGUUUAUUAAAAAAAAAUAUUUUUAUCUAACAAUCAAUCUUGUGAAUAACAUGUAUGCGCAUACACAUACACACAUAUAUACAUUGUAUUAAAAAAAAAAAAAA